CCUGGAGUCAUGGCGUUCACCCAUUACAGCAGUCUCAACCGGGCUCAACUAACCUUUGAAUAUCUACACACAAAUUCAACCACUCACGAAUUUUUGUUUGGUGCUCUUGCUGAACUGGUUGAUAAUGCGAGAGAUGCCGACGCCACCCGAAUUGAUAUUUACGCUGAAAGACGGGAGGACCUUCAAGGAGGAUUCAUGCUUUGUUUUCUGGAUAACGGAGCAGGAAUGGAUCCAAACGAUGCCAUUAAUGUGAUCCAGUUUGGGAAAUCAGCCAAACGAACACCAGAGUCCGCACAGAUCGGGCGGUAUGGGAACGGGCUCAAAUCAGGCUCCAUGCGCAUCGGGAAGGAUUUUAUCCUCUUCACCAAGAAGGAAGACACCAUGAGCUGCCUCUUUCUAUCUCGAACUUUUCAUGAGGAAGAAGGCAUUGAUGAAGUGAUAGUCCCAUUACCUACUUGGAGUACUCAGACUCGAGAACCUGUCACAGACAAUGUGGAGAAGUUUGCCAUUGAGACGGAACUCAUCUACAAGUACUCUCCUUUCCACUCUGAGGCCGAGGUGAUGACCCAGUUCACGAAGAUUUCUGGGACUAGUGGAACCCUGGUCAUCAUCUUUAAUCUCAAACUCAUGGACAACGGAGAACCUGAACUAGACAUAACCUCAAAUCCAAAAGAUAUCCGGAUGGCAGAGCUAUCCCAAGAAGGCACAAAGCCAGAGCGCCACUCCUUCAGUGCUUAUGCCUCUGUGCUUUAUAUCCACCCUCGGAUGAGGAUUUUCAUUCACGGGCACAAGGUGCGAACCAAAAACCUCUCCUGCUGCCUGUAUAGGCCCAGGAAGUACGUGUUCACGUCGAGCCGCUUUAAGGCCCGGGCAGAACAAGAGGUCAGGAAGGCAGAUCAGAUAGCCCGGCUUGCUGAAGAGAGGGCCCGGGAGGCAGAGAGCAAAGCCCGUGCAUUACAAGUCCACAUAGGUGGAGAUGUCACACGGGACUCCAGGGUGAUGUUGCGUCAGGUCCAGAGCACAGCCAUCGCUCUUCGAAGAGAAGCCGACGUCAAGAAGAGGAUCAGAGAUGCCAAGCAGCGAGAGCUCAAAGAACCCAGGGAACUGAAUUUUGUUUUCGGUGUCAACAUUGAACAUCGUGACCACGAUGGCAUGUUUAUCUACAACUGUAGCCGCCUCAUCAAGAUGUAUGAGAAAGUGGGCCCACAGCUGGAGAAGGGCAUGGCCUGUGGUGGGGUUGUCGGCAUCGUCGAUGUGCCCUGCUUGGUCCUGGAGCCCACACACAACAAGCAAGACUUCGCCAAUGCCAGGGAGUACCGCCACCUUCUGCGGGCCAUGGGGGAGCACCUGGCCCAGUACUGGGAAGACAUCGCCAUUGCUCAGCGUGGCCUCACUAAGUUCUGGGAUGAGUUUGGCUACCUCUCAGCCAACUGGAACCGACCCCCAUCUGAUGAGCUGCGUUUCAAACGCAAGAGGGCCAUGCAAGUCCCGACCACCAUGCAGUGUGACCUGUGUCUGAAGUGGAGAACCCUUCCCUUCCAGCUAAGUGCUGUAGAAGAAGAUUACCCAGACACCUGGGUCUGUGCCAUGAACCCUGACCUUGAACAGGACCGCUGUGAGGCUUUUGAACUGAAGCAGAAGAUUCCUCUGGGGAUAUUAAAAAAGGCCCCAAAGACACAAGAAGAAAGGCGGAAGCAGCUGACAGAGAAAAUCCACCAGCAGCAGAGGAAGCUUAAGGCCCUGAAGAAAACCAAGCCCAUCCAUACCCAAGGUGACCUGAAGAAAUUACCUUUGGAAGUGACCACCAGAUGUCCUGCUCAGAGACUUCAGUGUCCUCAACCACUUCUUUGUGCAGUGAGGAAGAAUGCUCGAAGAAGAACCCAGCUGUUGCAUUCUCCUCGACCAUUCAGACAGCUCCAAAGGGCUUCUGUCUUCUGUACCAAUGCAAAAUCUCCUGCUCUGGCAGCCCAAACAGAAGCCAUGCUGCUCCAGCCACCUAAGACAUCCCAAAAGCUAGUAAACCCUCUGCUCAAAACUGUAUUCCAGCCCACUCUUCAGAUACAAUCACUGUCACCAUCUGUAGUCCCCAAUUCCAACAACCUUUGGAAGGUUGAAACCCCCAAAGCCAUGAAGACUCCAGUGGCAGAGAGGCCAGAUCCAGCUGGUAAACCCUCACUGGUACCUUGUAAUCUUAAGCGGAGUCUUGAGGUCUCUGAUGAGGAAGACGCUGAGGAGAGAAGGAAGGAGAUGUCCAAACGCGCAAGGUUUACUGUGAAGGAAGAAAAGGUUCAGGCAAGUGAGCUCUCAGACAGUGCUGAGGAGGAGAAUCCAUCUGACCUUAAGACUGCUGAGAAAGACAAAGGGCUGUAUGUGGAGGUGCGUGUGAAGAAAGGGUGCUACAAAGGCCACGUCACAGCCGUGGAGGUGAGUGAGAAUAUGGUGUGGUGGAAGGUCAAAUUUGAGGAUGUGCCCAAAGAUACCACGCCGAGAGACUGCUGGGUGGAAAAAGGCAGUGAAAAUGUGUGGCUGAUAAAGCUGUCUCCGGAGUUUCAGAGCACUGACAGGCAGCAGGAGGGUAGGAAAGAGGAGGACACUGUGGUCCAGCAGGCUAUGGCCCCGCAGGGGACCUUCACUUCUGAAUGCUUCGGCACUGAACCUGACACUACUGCCCCACAGGCCAGCCGUAAGACCAUUGACCUUCUGGUCCAGAUUCUUUGGAAUUUCUUACAGUAUUUCAUGCCUCAGAGUUUUCCCAUAUCAAAGAAGGAGCUGAGGGCGAUGAAUUCAGAAGAAUUACUGUCUCUUCCUCUGAAAGAGUGCUUCAAGCAAUACGAAAUGGGACUCCAGAAUCUCUGCCACUCUUACCAAAGCAGUGCUGACUCACAAGCCAAGGCCUCCGAGGAAAGCCUGUGCAUCUCCCAGAAAAAACUUCAUGAGACGGAGGAAAAACUCCACAAGCUGCGGACCAAUGUUCUGGCCCUCCUGAAAAAGGCUCAGGAGGACAUUUGCAUCGGCACAGAUGACGAGCUGGAUGCCUACAUUGAGAAUCUUAUCAGCACUGAAGACUGA